GCUUCAGUGCAUGCCUCGCUUACUUCCACGUCUGCUCAAAAUCUUGCAAGAUGCCUCAGAGCCCAACACGUUGAGCAAUGGAUAUACACGCUACAAAAAGCGUGUUUCUAUGAAAAAUACUAUUCCAGGAACGCCCACUUUCACUUCAGAAGGCAGGACUCACUCAAUAUUGUUGGACGACGCGAACCCAAUCACCGAAGGUCAUCUUUAUAACAGACACAAGUCACUACCACCCAGGGUUCGUCUUGUGAAGCCACUGCAAGAUACCGGUGCGCAUGACCAUCCGCGGGAAAUGACGGACGAGGAAUGCGAAUGGUGGUCCAGCCCUUACCUCAGAAUGCUUGCUUCGCCGUUGCGAGAAUGUCAGAUAACGCGUAAAAAGCUACCCUGUGACUUUCUCAUCCGUCUGGCACCUGUGCGCCUCCCAGCCUCUCAGGGAGUAUGCGAACAACAGAUACUAGUUACAGAUGGUAUCGAGCAUCCUAAGUUCAAGCCUCGUCGAUCCACGCCUGCAUGUUAUAUUGUAUGCUGGAAAGAUGCCGUUCCAUAUGCAACUUCUAGGAUCCCACUGCGCAAAUUCUCGCAAAACUUGAUCGUGCAACCUUUGCUAUCAGCGCGCAUCGGUUACCAGCUCCGUUUACGAGUCCUGCAAGAACUGGAACUUCUUACUAAAAGGCUUGCCGCAGGCCCGUUGGAUGAUCCCGCGGCGACAGUGCUUCGAAGACUCACCCGUUCUGAAUGGAACGUAGUUCGGCAGACUAACUCGAUACCUCACAAAGAUGCGGUGGCCCUGAUGGUAGUACCCCCAGUCAACCAGAACCCAGAAACAAAGGAGAAGCCACAGCCCUCCGCACAGAUGGCCAUCGCUGAUGUUGUGCAAAUCGAUACUAACAGCUCAGCAACCUCAUCACGGCGUCUUCCCCCUCUCUCCAUUCUCCAUCCAGUCACGGAUGAUGAUCUAGGUUCUUCUCUUCUUCCAGAUGCGCAAGCUCCUCUCUACCACGGUUUGUCUUUAUUUCCUGCCCGACCACAGCGAGCAGCACUGCAUAAAGCACUCUGCAAGCUACUUGACGUAGAGCGUAGAGCACGGUCGCGCGCACUUCCGGCCUCUGGCUUUUCCGAAAAUGAAAAGUCACCACGAGCCCGUGGUGAUGCCAAGGGAAGCCAUGCGUUCCUACUAUGUUCGAAUCAGCAUACUGCCAAACGGGCAGAUGUUGUACCUUUAGCAAUAGCUCUCUGGAGAUUGCGGAUGUGGGAGGGGCAAGCUUACGGUUCCACUGUUGAGACGAGUCACUGGGAGGUCGACGCAGGAUGGAGAUCAUCCUGGGCAGAGAAGAUGUACUGAACCACCAUACCGAUAGCACUCAAUAUGACAUUUAAUUACAAGAAAUAUUAAUCAGGA